AUGCAGCCUGCGUUGGCACCAGCGCCGCAUCCCAGUAUGCAGAACCCUGCUCAGGACCAUGCGGAUCAGGUUCUUCAUGACCAGCUGCUUGCUGCGCAGCAGCACAUGCACCGUCCCCAGGGAGCUCCUGUUCAGCAACACCUGCAGCCCAACACCGGCGCUCCUCGAGAUCAAGGCAACAUUGACCCCGCCAUCUCAGGCGCCAUGAUGGCUGCUCCCCCUCAAACGCCGAACCCACCCCAGCAAGGUUCGCCUGAGGAUGGUACGCCGAAGACCUAUGGCAAGCGGGAAUUGUCCACUUCCAAGCGUGCUGCUCAGAAUCGAGCUGCCCAGCGCGCUUUCCGUCAGCGAAAAGAGACGUACAUUCGCAAGCUGGAAGAAGAAGUCAAAGGUGUCGACGGCCUGCGCGAGCAGAUCAAGGCGCUUCUCCACGAAAAUUACACGUUGCGAGAUCACAUCAUCACCAUGCAAAGUCGUUUGAUCGACGCGUCCGUUGAUGUUCCAGAGUUACCCCCCAACAUCGAUCUCAGCCAACCACGGCACGAUUUGUCAUCAAUGGGUGCUGCUGUUCUCCCCAGCACGGGCCCUGCAGUUCCAGUGCCACCUGCCAAUGCCCCCCAGCAAUCCCAACACACUUCUUCGGCCAAUGAAGACAUGAAUUCCUUGAAUCGGAUUGCCGUUGCUGGUCUCGGCAUGCGGAAACACCCAGACGAGAAUGCGUUUUUGACCAACACGUUCCAGCAGCACAAUAAUACCACGAACAACACCAUCAACAGCUCCAUCGCCAAUACCAACAACGGCAAUAGUAACAACAACAAGAGCCGGGAUGAGACCCAACCAGAGGGCACUGAGGCUAUCCCAAAACAGGAGGUUCAUCAUGGGUUGCCCAUGGCUUAA